UUUAUCGCCAUGGUGCGCGACUCUCUAUUAUGUCAACAACAAUACAGCCAUUUUGGAAGUAACCUAGAGAUCGUUAAUAGAUGUUGAGCAACGAGUGCUGGUAAAGGAAAGGCAAACAGUGUUCACAUUUGAAAUACAAGAAAAAGAUGCAUGGAUACAAUCAGGAGAAAAUCUCUGGAACUUGGUUUCCAACUGGCUUUCAUGGUCACUUCAGAAGCAAGUCAAGACAAGAAUUUACAGUUCCAUACAGACAGAGGGCCAAGCCACCUCCUCCAUCAAAGUUUUUAGAUAGAGCAUCAGAGCGUUCCAAUCACCAUUUGUUCUCAAGACAUGAUAAUAGAAACGUUCAUGCAAGCACAAUGGGAGACUUAGAGAUGCAUUUCACUCAUGGACUUGGCAAACGAAAACCUUCUUCUGGCGCUGCCCAGCAUUACAAGGAUACAUCUGGUCUAUUGCACUGGUCCACGGAGCCGAAAUUUAGUCCACUUUCUUCAUACAGAGCUGACUAUUUAAGUCAUUUAAUGCCACAACAAAGAAUGAUAAACAAAACAGAGCCAGUGCAUAGUCGAAGUCAUCUGACGUUGAGGAGAAGACAACUGCGCCCACAAACGGGAUAUCCUACCGAAAGAACUGCACCUUUGCUUGCUUGGAACGUCCCAGAUAUUGAUACACAUUCGAAACCAUGCGUUGGUGUAGAAAGAAAUUACGGUAAUAGAAGACUUUUAAGAGAACCUAGUGCAGCAGAACACAAGAGUGUAAAGAGUAUGAAUGCCAAUGCUGAUAUGGCCCACGUAAUUGAAACUGUUACUCGUUUAGAUUUGUAGACAGUUUUUAUGUCUUGCACGUUAAAUUCUUCGGUUUUACUCAAUUGAGAUAUUAGAUCUUAGAAAUUUAAUCUAUAAUUUUAAUUCUUUUGUUUUAUAGACAGACCCAUUAUUUACUGUUUAUUACUGUACAGAAAUUCAACCAAUUUGAAAAUUUAAGAUGAAACUAACCUGUCAUUUCUUAAUUCAAACAAAGUAGGGCAAGUUUUAUUACAGCGCAGAAAGUCACAAAGCAUUUCAUACGAAUGUGACCAAUAGAUUGAUGGACCUAUUUGGUUUUUUUUAUGAUUUCAUUACGCAGUAGAUAUUAAAAAAGAAAAAGUUUACAAGGGGUUUUACGCAAAAAAGAGCUUUUUAUGCCACAAGGAACAACCCAAAACUUCGCUUUUUGGGUUAUCUGUCACUAGAAGACUGGUUACGCCGCGAAUGGGGUUGAACAUUUGCUCGACUUUGAAAUACCACUGCCAAAUUAAGACCUAGCUUUCAGCCCAAGACACGUUUGUUUAUUUAUUGUCAAAGUAUAACUACUGCAAAUGUAUGUCUUUUAAAUCGUUAUGCUGGAUCGUUUGCCAUUGUAACUGUUUCCCGAUGAAUGCAUAGAAUUUGAAUUAUCAAAAGAGAUAUGAUGUUUCCACUGUCA